AUGUUUAGCACUUACAGUAAGCAGCACUUCUCUUCCCGCUUGGCAUCUGAUGAGAAAGUUUGUGAAUGUUUAUCUAAAGUGGAGGCUCAAGAACGUGCAGAGAUGAAUCGAGUGAGGAGUGUAUUCAACAAUUUUAUGAACAGUGAGCGCUACAGCCGCUUCACUUUGCAGACGGAGCAGGAUGGCGAGCGGCGAGUGGAAGUCAAGCUGUCAGAGGACGUGGGAGACGGGGACAUGGAGGGCAGAGCUGGAGGGUCCCCCACAUUCAGACCAGCGCCGCAUGGACAGAACCGGAGGAACCUGUGCUUCCUUAUUCUCACUAUCAUCCUCAUCUUUGUGAUUGGUUACAUGGUUGCUUACCUCAUUCAUGGGAAAAGGCGUGAGGUCACAUCAAGCUGCAUCAAGCCUUUUGUGCCUCCGGAGUUCGAGCAUAAGGACAUCUCUCUCCAGCCUCCGGAGCCGCGUCUGACCUGGUCUGACAUCACACACCUGCUGCAGACCAAACUCACCAGCCAGGCUUUUGACAAGACCCUGAGUGAAUUUGACCGGCCUUCGCGUUUAGCCGGCAGCAAAGAUGAUACUUUUUUGGGAAAUCGCAUUUUUGAAAGGUUCCAGGAUCUCGAGAUGCACCCCUGGACCGACGUCCACCAUGUCCGACUGGCGACCCCAGACAGCAAUAAACCAAACCGGGUGAUUUUUGGGUCCAAUGUCUUUGAGCCAAAGGGAUUUCUCGCCUACAGUGCAACCACAAGUGUUCAGGGGAAGCUGGUCUACGCCAACUAUGGUCGUCUUGAAGAUUUCGAAGUUUUGACAAAACACAAAGUUAAUGUUGCAAACUGUGUAGUGAUCCUGCGAUGUGGAAAAAUCAGUUUUGCUCAAAAGGUGAAAAAUGCCCUUCAGUAUUCUGCCACUGGUGUUCUCAUCUAUCCAGACAUCGAGGACUACAAGUAUGUCGCCAACACUGAGUUGUAUGGACAUGUGCAUUAUGGGACAGGGGACCCUUUCACUCCCGGGUUUCCUUCAUUCAAUCACACUCAGUUUCCUCCCGUCGUUUCUUCUGGCGUCCCCAGUAUCCCAGCCCAGACAAUCACCUCCAAUAUGGCUCAAACCAUUAUGCAAUCAAUUGGUGGCCCAGUUCUUGAUAAAGACUCUGACUUUAUUGGUGGUCAAACUUGGUCGUAUUCUUUGGGAGGAGUUGAAAACGUCACAAUUGAAGUGAACAAUGCCCUUUUAUUCAAGGAAAUCCACAAUGUAUUUGGUGUCAUCAAAGGCUUUGUUGAUCCUGAUCGUUAUGUGGUUCUGGGCGCUCAACGAGAUGCCUGGGGUCAGGGAUACGCCCGUGCUAAUGUUGGGACCUCUGCACUGAUUGAGCUGGCCAGGGUUAUUCGUGAAAUGGUGGAAGCAGAUGAUUUCAAACCAAGAAGAAGUAUUGUGUUUGCAAGCUGGAGCGCCGGAGAAUACGGUAGUGUUGGGGCUACAGAAUGGCUUGAGGCUCACGCUGCCUCUCUUGACAAAAAUGUUUUAUCCUACAUUAGUUUGGAUGGACUUGUCCAAGGUCAUGGAAGCUUUUACGCCUCAGCCAGCCCACUUCUCCAAAUUAUUGUUGACAACGCCAUGAAAGUGGUGAAGAGUCCCACUGGAAACGGCAUGGUGCGCGACAUAGCUGGAAAGAACCCGAUGCGUCCUAUGUCCAUCGACGAUCCAGCCUAUCCCUUCUUGGCCGGCUUUGGAAUUCCAGCUGUCUCUUUCCACUUCAUUUCUGUGAAUAGUGAGGAGUACCAGUACUACAACACCAUCCUGGACAGUAAGAGCCACCUGGACUAUGAAGCAGCCCAAAAGACCUCCACUAUGGCAGCCAUUGCGGCUCAGUUUGCUGGACAAAUCGCCCUGAGGCUGGUUCAUGACCACCUGCUGAACUUUGACGUCACUGGAUACAAGAAACUUCUCAAUGAGAGAGUGCACGACAUCAACAAUCACCUAUCUGACCUCAACCAGUCUGGUCAGCUGAAGGAUCUGAGUCCCAGCUGGUUGUACAGAGCGAAAGCCUCUUUCCAGCGUGCAUCCGACAGCAUCGACAACGACAUCAAAAACACAAAUCUGAACGACCCCGAGGCCUGCAGGCUGCUCAACGGCCGCAUCAUGAAGGUCGAACACGGCCUCCUCUCUCAGUACGUCUCUCCUUAUGAGUUCCCCUUCCGGCACCUGGUGUUCGGAAAGGGUCCUUUCACUUUGAACGAGAUCGCAGAGUUGGACAACGAGCUACAACUGCGACUCCAGCUGGCCCUGGCUACUUGGAACCUGCAGGGCUGUGCUAACUCCAUGGCCGGCAAUCUGUGGGACAUCGACAAUGAAAUCUAA